GCUGUCGAUCUGUUUAGGCCUCUGUUGUGUCCUGGAACUAAGUCUGGUCAAAAUGCGCGCCGCCGUCGCGAUGCUGGCCGUGGCCGUCGGGUGCGCCGCCCUCCCGUCCUACAAGGGCGCCCCCAGGCUGCCUCCGCUCGCGCCGGGACAGACCUUCUCCUUCCAGUCCAGCUCGGCGGCCUCGAGUUCCGCCUCGUCCUCGAGCCAUGACUCCUCCUCCAGCAGCUUCUCCUCCUCGGCCUCAGGAGUCAACUUCAACAAGGAGGCGUCUAGCUCCGCCUCGGCGGCAGCGAGCAGCUCCUCCUCCUCGUCGCUGUCCGGGUCCAUAGGCGGCGGAGAUUCCAGCGCCAGCUCGGCCUCCAGGGACUCCCUUGGGUCCUCCACUGGGUCUGCUGACGGGACGCUCGCAUCCUCAAGUGGCACUCACUCUGACACUCUGGCAUCCUCAAGUGGAUUCUUAUCUGGCGUCCAGGGAUCCACCUCUGGCACUGAGGGAUCCUCAGCUGGCUUCCAGGCUGGCACUCAAGGAUCCUCAACUGGCUUCCAGUCUGGCACUCAGGGUUCCUCAACUGGCUUCCAGUCUGGCACUCAGGGAUCUUCCUCUGGCACUCAGGGAUCCUCAACUGGCUUCCAGUCUGGCACUCAGGGUUCCUCAACUGGCUUCCAGUCUAGCACUCAGGGAUCUUCCUCUGGCACUCAGGUAUCCUCAACUGGCUUCCAGUCUGGCACUCAGGGAUCUUCCUCUGGCACUCAUGAAUCCUCAACUGGCUUCCAGUCUGGCACUCAGGGAUCUUCCUCUGGCACUCAGGGAUCCUCAACUGGCUUCCAGUCUGGCACUCAUGGUUCCUCAACUGGCUUCCAGUCUGGCACUCAGGGAUCUUCCUCUGGCACUCAGGGAUCCUCAACUGGCUUCCAGUCUGGCACUCAGGGAUCCUCAGCUGGCUUCCAGUCCGGCACUCAGGGUUCCUCAACUGGCUUCCAGUCCGGCACUCAGGGUUCCUCAACUGGCUUCCAGUCUGGCACUCAGGGAUCUUCCUCUGGCACUCAGGGGUCCUCAACUGGCUUCCAGUCCGGCACUCAGGGUUCCUCAACUGGCUUCCAGUCUGGCACUGAGGGAUCCUCAGCUGGCUUCCAGUCCGGCACUCAGGGUUCCUCAACUGGCUUCCAGUCUGGCACUCAGGGAUCUUCCUCUGGCACUCAGGGAUCCUCAACUGGCUUCCAGUCUGGCACUCAGGGAUCUUCCAGUCGGCACUCAGGGAUCCUCAACUGGCUUCCAGUCUGGCACUCAGGGAUCCUCAGCUGGCUUCCAGUCCGGCACUCAGGGUUCCUCAACUGGCUUCCAGUCUGGCACUCAGGGAUCCUCAACUGGCUUCCAGUCUGGCACUCAGGGAUCUUUCUCUGGCACUCAGGGUUCCUCAACUGGCUUCCAGUCUGGCACUCAGGGUUCCUCAACUGGCUUCCAGUCUGGCACUCAGGGUUCCUCAACUGGCUUCCAGUCCGGCACUCAGGGAUCCUCAGCUGUCUUCCAGUCUGGCACUCAGGGUUCCUCAACUGGCUUCCAGUCUGGCACUCAAGGAUCCUCAACUGGCUUCCAGUCCGGCACUCAGGGUUCCUCAACUGGCUUCCAGUCUGGCACUCAAGGAUCCUCAACUGGCUUCCAGUCUGGCACUCAGGGAUCUUCCUCUGGCACUCAGGGUUCCUCAGCUGGCUUCCACUCAGCUUCUCUGGGAUCCUCCUCUGGCCCUCAGGGAGGCUCCGUUGAAUUCGGUUCCUCCGAAUUUCCCUCAGGAUCUCUCGGCUCCGUCACUGGCUCUCAAGGACCCACAUCCGGGAACCAGUUUGGCGAUCUCGGGGCCUCAUCCGGGUCUGGCGUCAAGGGAUCUUCCUUUGUCUUCCA